UAUUUUUAAAAUUAUACAAAGUAUGCUUAAUGAAAUCAUUGACCAAGUGGACAUUAAAAAGGUUGUACCACGUGAGGAAGAUGAAGUUGAAAUUAAUGAAAAUAUUCGGAUUAAGAAUUAUUCUUCUUCAAAGGUUAAUGCAAUUUUUUUUAGACAUGUUGGCAGUAUUAUUGUUCCUUAUAUACUCUCAUUUAAACUACUAAAUAACCAAGAUUUGGUACUAAUUAAUAUGAAAGGAAUCGAUAUUUAUACAAUAAAUGAAGAUGGGACCAGACAUCGAUACUUUUGGAAUAAUAAUGAAUGGAAUGAUAUUUAUGAAAAAUUCAGAGAAGAGCGUGGCGAAAUUUAUGAUAAUAAUUUUACUAAUGAACACUACAAACCACUUAUUGGAAGAAUUUUAAAAAAUGAAUUUGAUGAUUCAAAACACUCAAUACCAUUACCAAAAUUUACAGAUGAGAUUUUCAAAAAACAAAUAGUUGAAGAUGUUAUAAAUGAUAAAUUUGUAUCACCAAAAUUUGAAGCUGAAAUAUUAAAAAUAGCAAUUAAAAAAAAAUGCAAUGAUACUGUUAGACAAAUUAUUGAAUCAAAUCAAGGUUAUUCUGAAAAUUACAUGACUGUUAUUAGUUUAAACUUAGCAGAAUUGUGUGAUUAUUAUCCUGAUUACAUAAUCACAUAUAUCUUACGCACUUCUAUUAUGUUAUCUCCUUAUUGUAAUAGAAUUGAAAAUUCAA